UAGUAAUAAUAAUAAUAAUAAUAAUAAUAAUAAUAAUAAUAAUAAUAAUAAUAAUAAUAAUAAUAAUAAUAAUAAUAAUAAUAAUAAUAAUAAUAAUAAUAAUAAUAAUAAUAAUAAUAAUAAUAAUAAUAAUAAUAAUAAUAUACAUGUAUCUCAAUCAAAAUAAACAGAUUAGAAGAAAUUCUCUUUCAAAACUCUAUCCACAGACUCUUUUCCUGUCUACACAACCAGAAUCAUGCGCCAGGCAGCUAACACAACCUGUUCUACAACAUCAAGUAGAGACAUUCUGUCAAUAUGAGAAAUCCCUGUUGCUUCACAGUAGGCCUUUACAAAAUCUGUAG